CGGGCCCCGCGGGGCACCGGAGAUGCCGGCCCCAGAGGCCCCGGCCCGCGGCUCUGCCCUGCCCGGCGCUGCCCCGCUCGGGUACCGGCGCUGUCCCGCUCGGGUACCGGCGCUGUCCCGCCCGGGUACCGCCGCUGUCCCGCCCGGGUACCGGCGCUGUCCCGCUCGGGUACCGGCGCUGUCCCGCUCGGGUACCGGCGCUGUCCCGCUCGGGUACCGCCGCUGUCCCGCUCGGGAACCGGCCCUGUCCCGCUCGGGAACCGGCCCUGUCCCGCUCGGGUACCGGCUCUGUCCCGCUCGGGUACCGGCGCUGUCCCGCUCGGGUACCGGCCCUGUCCCCCUCGGGUACCGGCCCUGUCCCCCUCGGGUACCGGCCCUGUCCCGCUCGGGUACCGCCGCUGUCCCGCUCGGGAACCGGCCCUGUCCCGCUCGGGUACCGGCGCUGUCCCGCUCGGGUACCGCCGCUGUCCCGCUCGGGUACCGGCCCUGUCCCGCUCGGGGACCGGCCCUGUCCCGCUCGGGGACCGGCGCUGUCCCGCUCGGGUACCGGCGCUGUCCCGAGGGAUGCAGCCGCACCGCUGCAGCUCGGCAGCAGCAGCGCAGUUCCCGCAGUGGCACUCUUCCUGAUGGAGUCAAUAUUUCCAAAGAAGCCCGGAGCGCAAUCUCCCGAGCAGCAAGUGUGUUUGUGCUGUAUGCAACAUCAUGUGCAAAUAACUUUGCCAUGAAGGGGAAGAGGAAAACCCUGAAUGCUGGGGACGUGCUUUCUGCCAUGGAGGAGAUGGAGUUCCAGAGAUUCGUGGCCCCUCUGAAGGAAUCCCUGGAAGUUUACAGGCGUGAGCAAAAAGGAAAGAAAGAGGCCAGGAAAGAUAAAGACAAGAAGGCAGACUCGGAGGAACAAGAUAAGAGCCGAGAGGAGGACAAUGAUGAGGAUGAUGAAAGGAUGGAGGAGGAAGAACAAAACGAUGAGGAAGAGGUGGACAACUGAGCUCGCUCAGGGGCUGGGGUGUGCUCAGAGGGAUGUAAACGCCGUAAAUCGACCAUGCUGCGUCCCCUCGUGUGUCCAUUAGAGCUUUGUACUGCCCCUCUGUGGCCUGUACUUUGUAAAGGACUCGUGCUGAAGCUUUUCCCGUGGCAGGGUGGCUCCUCCCUGUGCCUGGGGGGCUUUGGCCCUCCCCAGGCUCUGGGCAGGCACUUCCUGGGCUUUUGAUGCUGGGCUGGCUCUGAAAGAGAGGAAAAAAGAACUGGUGGGUGCUCAGUGCAGAAACUGGCCAGGAGAAAGUGAGACUCCUGAUUUUGAGGGGCUGAAUCCAGUAGAUCAUUCAGAGAUCACUUCUGGGGUGUAGAAUGUAGGUGAUGAUGUCCAGAGGCUUGGAAGCUGCACACUGAAGCUUUUGAUCCAAUUGAGUUGUUUUUUUCCCUUUGUUUCCUUGCGUCCUGGCUGUGCCUUCUCUCCCUGCUGUACUGUGACAGUGACACUGUGUCCUCCAGCCUCACAGGGUGGCUGUACAGCGACGAGUUCACUCACUGACUCACCCAAACUAACCCAAAUCCGAAAAACAACCGUGAUCUCGGGGUAAACGGUACACUGAAAGUGUCUUUGAGAGCCCUGAGAGACAAGGAGGAGAUUGAUUUAAAAUCUGAAGCACAAGGUGGGGGAUAAAAUGGAGAGCAAGGCUGAAAACAGGUGGCUUUGUGCAGUGCUGGGGCUGUGACAGGUCAGUGGUGGCACUGGGGUCCCCCUGCAGCAAGCUGAGAUGUGGUAGAACAGAGUGGUGAAUUGUGGUGGUUGUCUUUUCCCUUUUUCCCAGCUGGGAUGAGCUAAUUCCACCCAGGGUCCCUCUGUAGCCUUUGCUGGACAUUCCAGGGACGCUGAUGCCUCUGGGAGGGCAGCAGGGGCAGGGUGUGCCCACCCAGGGGACACAUGCGGUUUCACAAAAGGCUCCUACAAGGAGGGGUUGAGAGAAGCUGUUGGUAUCCCUUGUGCAAGUGUAGGUUUGUACUUUUCCACUUGAUCUCUUAGUUCUGAUGCCUUUCUCCCCCAGAAAGUUUUAGAUACAUUUAAAACCUCCAGGUUUUCAUGAUGUGCAGUUUUAAAAUAGCAUUGUGAGGAAUCCUGGAUCCUUUCCACCAAAAAAAUGGUGGCAGCUACCCACAAGAACCACCCUGCCUUCCUGCUCUCCUGGCACGCUGCGUUUUCACACGCACACAAGCCCAGAUUCUGAAAAGAACUGAACCAACACAGAUUUUCUGCUGUCUAGUUUCUGCUGUUCCCCACCUUCCAGCUCUUUUCCUCUCUUUUUAUUUUUUUUUUUUUCUCUUCAGCACAUAUCUGGGGUGCAUAUUCCGGAAGGGAAUGAGAUCUAAAUAAAAAACAGAUUUUUUUUUUUUACUGAAA